UGACCUUGUCAAAUGUCCCUUCAGACUCUCCGUACUCGCAGCUCUCAUCCGCUCUCAGUAGAUGAGCGUUUCAUUUUAAGAUGUAAAUAUUUGUUUGUUGUUUUAUAAAUAAAUGAACAAUGUCUUGGAAGGGGACGUCGAGAGGUUUUUAUUUUAAUACUGUGCUGUCUCUCGCGCGCUCUCUGGCUGCUCAUCGGCCCGCUCCCAUCGACAAGGUUCAGAAGCUACAAUGCAUGUGUCCCGUGGACAUCCGUGGUGUCUUCCAGUUGGAUGAGAGGAGGAGAGAUGCUGUGAUCGCUUUGGGCAUCUUUCUGGUGGAGUCUGACUUGCAGCACAAAGACACUAUUGUCCCAUAUUUGCUGAGUCUGCUGAAGGGAUUGCCAAGGGUGCAAUGGAUCGAAGAGUCUUCAGAGAGAAGAGGAAGAGACACGCUUCCUGUUGCCGAGAAUUUCUCCUUUUGUUUGGUGACGAUGCUCUCAGACGUCGCCCAGAUAGACGAGUCCAUGCGAAUCCAGAUUCUGGAAGCUGUGAUGAAUCUCAUGCAGGUUCUGGUGGAAACAUGUCAGAACAUUGAAGGUCAAGAAAAAGAAUUCCAGUGUAAAUACACUGUGCCCUGUUUGCUCGGGGCGGUUCGAGCCUUCGGCCGCUACAGCAACACUGAAGAGCCCCUGCUGUCUAAGCUGUUCCCGCGGGUGAACCCACAGCCUUUGUUCACAGAGGGGACGGAGGUGAUACGACGGAGGUCCUUUAACGAUUUCCGCUCCAUCCUUCCGAGCUCUUUCCUCGCGGUCUGCCAGAGCGACACACUGCGCCGCAAAACCAGCAGCACGGCCAGCAUCUCUCAGCAGGCCAGUCCUGAGCGUGCCGGGCUUCCUCCCAGUUCACCGUCUGACCCUUCUGCUCCGUCUGACCCCUCUGCUCCUUUUUUUGAAGCAGGUUCAUAUCUUCCGGAUGGCAGCGCUGUAGACCCAGACUAUUAUUUCUCCACCAUCAGCUCCAGUUUCUCCGUGUCUCCUCUCUUCACAGGCAGCAACAGUAAAGAGAUUGACGUACCUCUGGAUCUACUGAGACGCCUCCUGAAAAUGGUGGAGCAGUGCGUGUCCGAGUCCUUUUUAAAGAUGCUGGAUCAGACAAUGGCUGACGUGCUGGAGACGGAUCCAGCAGCGAAUCUCUUCUACAAGUCCUUUAGUGAUCCGCUGUAUGUGGCCAUAUUUAAAAUGCUUAGGGACACCUUAUACUACAUGAAAGAGCUCCAGACGUCGUUUGUAAAGGAGGUUCAUGACUUUGUCCUGGAGCAGUUCAGCAGCAGUCAGUCUGAGCUUCAGAGGAUUCUUCAUGACGUGGAGUAUCUUCACAAUGAACUGAACCCGCUCAAACUCCGCUGUCAGGCCAACGCCGCCUGCGUGGACCUCAUGGUUUGGGCCGUCACUGAAGAACAGGGUGCGGAGAACCUUUGCACAAAGCUGUCAGAGAAACUGCAGUCUAAGACGUCCAGUAAAGUGAUCAUCGCACACAUGCCCCUCCUCAUCUGCUGUCUACAGGGAUUGGGGCGGUUGUGCGAGCGUUUCCCUGUAGUGGCUCAUUCAGUCACUAUGUCUCUAAAAGAGUUUUUGGUGGUACCUUCACCCGUGUUGGUUAAACUCUACAAGUACCACAGUCAAUACGCCACAGCAGGUACUGGAGAGAUCAAGAUCCAUGUGACCAAUGAACACUCACAGUCCACCUUCAGCUCUCACAGCAGUAAAAAGAGUCAGCCGUCAAUGUAUGAGCAGCUCAGAGACAUCUCCAUCGACAACAUCUGCAGGGGUUUGAAAGCAGGUUUGAUCAUGGACUCAGUCAUUGUAGAGGCUUUUCUCGCCAGUCUCUCAAACCGCCUGUACAUCUCCCAGGAAAACGAUAAAGAAGCCCACCUCAUUCCCGAUCACACCAUACGAACAUUAGGACACAUUGCUGUGGCUUUGAGAGACACUCCACGUGUUAUGGUGCCCAUACUUCAAAUCCUUCAGCAGAAGUUCUGUCAGCCUCCAUCACAGCUCGAUGUCUUAAUCAUAGACCAGCUGGGAUGUAUGGUCAUCACGGGAGAUCAAUACAUUUAUCAGGAAGUGUGGAACUUGUUCCAGCAGAUUAGUGUGAAGGCCAGCUCGAUGGUCUACUCCACCAAAGACUACAAAGAUCAUGGAUACAGACACUGUUCUCUGGCCGUGAUCAACGCGCUGGCCAACAUCGCAGCGAACCUGCAGACGGAGCAGAUGGUGGAUGAGCUGCUGGUGAAUCUUCUUGAACUGUUUGUGCAGCUGGGACUGGAGGGCAAACGGGCGAGCGAAAGAGCCAGCGAGAAGGGUCCGGCCCUCAAGGCAUCCAGCAGUGCUGGUAAUUUAGGAGUUCUCAUUCCAGUCAUCGCUGUGCUGACCAGACGUUUGCCGCCCAUAAAAGAGGCCAAACCGAGACUACAGAAGCUCUUCAGAGAUUUCUGGCUUUAUUCGGUUGUCAUGGGCUUUGCUGUUGAGGGAUCAGGUCUGUGGCCAGAGGAGUGGUACGAGGGAGUUUGUGAGAUCGCAACCAAAUCACCGCUGCUGACGUUCCCGAGCGGAGAACCUCUGCGCUCCGAGCUACAGUAUAACUCGGCUCUGAAGAACGAUACUGUUACACCGGCUGAGCUGAAUGAUUUGAGGAGCACCAUCAUAAAUCUCUUGGAUCCUCCUCCUGAAGUCGCAGCUCUCAUUAAUAAACUGGAUUUUGCCAUGUCCACUUACCUGCUGUCUGUCUAUCGGCUGGAAUACAUGAGGGUGUUACGCUCGCUGGAUUCAGAUCGAUUCCAAGUGAUGUUUCGCUAUUUUGAGGACAGAGCCAUCCAGAAAGACAAAUCAGGGAUGAUGCAGUGCGUCAUUGCAGUGGGGGAUAAAGUUUUUGAUGUAUUUCUACAAAUGAUGGCUGACAAGCCCAAGACCAAAGCUCAUGAGGAGGAGUUAGAGUGUCAUGCUCAGUUCCUAUUGGUCAACUUCAACCACAUUCACAAGAGAAUCCGACGGGUCGCUGACAAAUAUCUGUCGGGUCUUGCGGAGACUUUUCCUCAUCUUCUGUGGAGUGGCCGCGUGCUGAAGACCAUGUUGGAUAUCUUGCAGACUCUCUCUCUUUCACUAAGCGCUGACAUACACAAAGACCAGCCGUAUUAUGACAUACCUGACAUCCCGUACCGCAUUACAGUGCCUGAUACAUACGAGGCCAGAGAGAGUAUAGUGAAAGACUUUGCCGCCCGCUGUGGAGAAAUCCUGAAAGAGGCCAUGAAAUGGGCCCCGUCGGUCACCAAAUCUCAUCUACAGGAGUACCUAAAUAAACAUCAGAACUGGGUAUCGGGUUUGUCCCAGCACACGGGUCUCGCCAUGGCCACAGAGAGCAUCCUGCACUACGCUGGAUACAACCGACAGAGCACCAGUCUGGGUACCACUCAGCUCACAGAGAGGCCAGCAUGUGUGAAGAAAGACUAUUCCAACUUCAUGGCAUCUCUCAAUCUAAGAAACCGCUAUGCUGGACAGGUGGCAGGCAUGAUUCAUUUCUCGGAGGCCACGAAGAGCACGUCAGAUCUGAACAAGCUGUUGAUUCGUCAGAUGAGUGAAGCUUUGGAUCAGAGUCAGCCUGAGAUCUUCACUGAAGCCAUGUUCAAAAUGGCCGCCCUGCUGAUCAGCUCCAAAGAGUGUGAUCCCCAACUACUACAUCACCUGUGCUGGUCUCCAUUAAAGAUGUUCACGGAGAACGGUAUGGAAACGGCUAUAGCCUGCUGGGAGUGGCUGCUGGCAGCCAGGACUGGGCUGGAGGUCCCGUUCAUGCGGGAGAUGGCCGGCGCCUGGCAGAUGACCGUAGAACUGAAGAUGGGGUUGUUCUCCGACACGCAGGUUGAGGCCGACCCCCUCGCUGCAUCAGAGGAGAGCCAACCAAUCCCCUGUCCCCCCGACGUCACGCCUCACUACAUCUGGAUCGAGUUUCUGGUACAGCGGUUUGAGAUCGCCAAAUACUGCAGUGCAGAUCAAGUGGAGAUUUUUGGCAGUCUUCUGCAGAGGUCGCUGUCUCUCAAUGUCGGGGAACCAAAAGGCAGUUUGAACCGGCACGUGGCCGCCAUUGGUCCUCGCUUUAGGUUGUUGACGCUCGGACUUGCUUUACUGCACUCUGACGUAGUGACCAACGCCACCAUCCGCAAUGUCCUCCGAGAAAAGAUUUACUCCACCGCCUUUGAUUACUUUAGCGUCGCGUCCAAGUUUCCCACGCAGGGGGACAAGCGUCUCCGCGAGGACAUCAGCGUCAUGAUCAAAUUCUACGCCAGCAUUCUCUCUGAUAAGAAGUACCUAGCCGCUAGUCAUCUCGUGCCACCUGGUGAGCUCGGUGCCAAUCCCCCUCAAAGCUCCCUGUCCACUGGAAUUUUCGGAUCGCUAAUCGUUUCCAGCACGUCUCCGAUAUCGAUAUUAAAUAACCAGGAUCCGUCUCUGAACAGUCUGUCUGUGAUGAACGCAGCCGACCCCAGGAAUAACAUGGACAUGAGCGUGGGAACCCGGCAGCAGAACGCUCAGGGAUGGAUCAACACCUAUCCUCUGUCCAGCGGCAUCUCCACCACAUCCAAGAAGUCAGGGAUGUCCAAAAAGAGUAACAGAGGAACCCAGUUGCACAAAUACUACAUGAAACGCCGGACACUACUGUUGGCCUUACUGGCGAGUGAGAUCGAGCGACUGACCACCUGGUAUAACCCGCUGUCCACGCAGGAGCUGAGCAUCGCCACUGAGCAGUCUGUUGAAACCAGCAUCUCAAACUGGAGGUCAAAAUACAUCAAUCUGAGUGAGAAACAGUGGAAAGACAACGUUAAUCUGGCCUGGAGUAUCGCUCCUUACCUGGCCAUGCAGCUGCCCGCCAGGUUUAAAAACGCAGAUGCCAUUGUGGCUGAAGUGACCCGUCUGGUUCGACUUGAUCCUGGUGCUGUCAGCGAUGUACCCGAGGCUGUGAAGUUCCUGGUGACGUGGCACACUAUUGAUGCUGAUUCUCCAGAGCUGAGUCACAUCCUGUGUUGGGCACCUGCUGACCCCCCCACCGGUCUCUCUUACUUCUCCAGCUUGUAUCCACCGCAUCCACUCACAGCCCAGUACGGAGUCAAAGUGCUGCGUUCGUUUCCGCCGGACGCCAUUUUGUUUUACAUUCCUCAAAUCGUUCAGGCUCUGCGGUAUGACAAGAUGGGUUACGUGCGUGAAUACAUCCUAUGGGCCGCCCAGAAGUCCCAGCUCCUCGCUCAUCAGUUUAUAUGGAACAUGAAGACCAACAUCUUCCUGGAUGAGGAGGGCCAUCAAAAAGACCCGGACAUCGGUGAGCUGUUGGAGCAGAUGGUGGAAGAGAUCACGCACUCGCUGUCAGGUCCUGCUAAAGACUUUUACCAGCGCGAGUUUGACUUCUUCAAUAAGAUCACUAACGUCUCGGCUAUCAUCAAGCCCGUUCCAAAAGGAGAUGAAAGAAAGAGGGCGUGUUUAAAAGCACUGUCAGAAAUCAAAGUUCAACCUGGAUGUUAUUUACCAAGCAAUCCAGAAGCCAUCGUCCUUGACAUCGACUACAAGUCGGGAACUCCUAUGCAGAGUGCCGCUAAAGCCCCUUAUCUGGCUAAAUUCAAAGUCAAGAGGUGUGGAGUGAGCGAGCUGGAGAAAGAGGGCCUCCGCUGUCCUUCAGAUUCUCUGGAAGAAGCGGAUGAGAAUCCUGAAUCGGCUCAGAAGGUCUGCUGGCAGGCGGCCAUCUUUAAAGUGGGCGAUGACUGCAGACAGGACAUGCUCGCGCUGCAGAUCAUCGGCCUCUUCAAAAACAUCUUCCAGCUGGUGGGUUUGGACCUGUUUGUGUUCCCAUACCGUGUGGUGGCCACCGCACCUGGAUGCGGUGUGAUCGAAUGCAUCCCCGACUGUAAGUCCCGCGAUCAGCUCGGCAGACAGACAGACUUCGGCAUGUACGACUACUUCAGGAAUCAGUACGGAGAUGAGUCCACACUGGCCUUCCAAAAGGCCAGAUAUAACUUCAUUCGCAGUAUGGCAGCGUACAGUCUCCUGCUCUUCCUGUUACAAAUCAAAGACAGACACAACGGCAACAUCAUGUUGGACAGCAAAGGACACCUCAUCCACAUCGAUUUCGGCUUCAUGUUCGAAAGUUCUCCGGGUGGGAAUUUGGGCUGGGAGCCGGACAUCAAGCUGACGGAUGAGAUGGUGAUGAUCAUGGGGGGGAAGAUGGAGGCCACGCCUUUUAAAUGGUUCAUGGAGAUGUGUGUGCGCGGAUACCUGGCCGUAAGGCCGUACAUGGACGCAGUGGUGUCAUUAGUGACGUUGAUGUUGGACACGGGGCUGCCCUGCUUUAGAGGACAAACCAUCAAAUAUCUCAAGCAAAGGUUUAACCCCAACAUGAGCGAGAAAGAAGCCGCUGCCUUCAUGAUUAAAAUCAUUGAACGCUGUUUUCUCAGCAACAGGAGCAGAACAUACGACAUGCUGCAGUAUUACCAGAACCAAAUCCCAUAUUGAGAUCGGACCGGCACGUCUCCUCUCAUCUCAUUAUCCGUCUGUUCCAGUCCGUAACAAUGAGCACUUUAUAGAGAUAAAUAAUUUACCCAUCCUGAUUGGCCCCGAUCAUAGGUGUGUCACUUCCUGUAGAGCCGCCUCAGGGCCUCGUGUGAUUUGCUGAACUUUACGAUGCAUGUAUGUCGUCUUAUCUCCCUUUAAGGCAUCUGCCGCCAGAGUUUUCACAUUCCACGUCCUUUAACUCUACUUGAAACUUUACGACUGGGUUUUAGUUCAUGUCACCCAGAAAGCCAUUUCUAAGACGGGCAACGAUUGCACUGUAUGUGCCGUCAAUAAAUGACCUGUUUUAUGCAAUGCAUCUGUGUUUGUACAGUGUACGUUGUGAAAACGCUGUCGUGUUUGUUACUGGAUGAAUGAAGCUCGUGAAACCGAGCGAGAACUCGUCCAGGUCAUAUUGGACCCCAGAAUCAAAAUAAAGAAAUAACACUUUAGUUUUAAAAAUUAGCUUUUGAUUUUAGGGGUGACCUGGACAUGUUUUGGUUCUGUUUGUUUACUCGUAACAGGGAUUUUCCGCCCGAAAAAGAAAAUAUAAUGUACUGACUAACAUAUAGCUGCUGAACAUUUUGCAUGUUUUUUAAAGCUUGUUUGGCAAUGAAGAUGUGGGACAAGAGUAUUAUGUUUUAUUUCAUUGGUGAGGUUUACAGAAAUUUGCUGUAGGAUUAAAUUCAUUACAAAGAUUGUCUUAAAUUUAGUUUUUUAAUAUGAUGAAUAGAUUGAAUAUAAUCUGUACACAUUAGAGGAACUAUCGAUCUAUAGUCUUAUGAAUCAUUUUCUUGUUACGUUAUUUAGAGAUUAUUUUAACUGUAUAACGACAAUAUAAUUAUUAUAAAUCUAAGAUAUCUAGCAUAAAUACAAAGGGUCUUGAAUGUUUUUUUUUCUGUUUUAUCUGUUUAACGGUGUGUUUUAAUGAAUUGGCAUCACAUCUUUAGCAUCAUUGACAAUCAAGUGAUGUUAUGCUGUACCAUUACAAUUCAUUCAUGUCAAAUGUUGAAGUUUGUCCUUCAUCUGCUGGAGAUUUCUGAACCUCAACAUGAAAGCUGUCACCAAUGAUAUACGCUGUUCGUCCACAUUUGCACUUUUAACAUUUCAUUGCUGUUAACGUAAAUAAAUGUAUUUGUGAACAGAAAUGAAAGACCUGAAACCAUCUAUAAAAAUAUAAGCGCAGAUAAA